AUGUUCCUUGCUCGAGGAACUAUUGGAUAUAUAGCGCUUGAAGUCUUCUCUAGGCAUUUUGGAAGAGUCUCACACAAGGCUGAUGUGUAUAGCUACGAAAUGCUAGUCCUAGAGAUGGUUCAAGGAAGGGAAAAGAUUGGACAAUCAAUUGAGGACACUAGCAACUUAUAUUUCCCACAUUCGAUUUACAAGAAGCUAAAAUAUGAUGGAGAUAUAGGACUUCAUGGGAUUGAAUCUGAAGAGGAUGAAAAAGUUGCACGGAAGAUGAUAUUAAUUGGGUUAUGUUGCAUACAAGCUAAUCCAUCAGAGAGACUGGCAAUUAACAAGGUGAUUGAGAUGCUUGAAGGAAAUCUAGAAUCUUUGCAAGUUCCCCCAGAACCAUUCUUAUCUUUACCUUCAAGAAAACCAAUCACAUCUUCUACUAUUCAAAUAUCAAAAGAGAAUGAAUUCUGUGAGGUUGAAUCAAUGUAA